GCCUUCUAUUUUAAGUAUUGUAGUGAGGCUGAGGUAGCUUCCAGUUUUAUUAUGCAACUUCCAGGAAACAUCAUUACUGCCAUGAAUUUCCUCAACAAAACCAAACACAACACCAAGAAGAAAUCAUGAUCUGUAACUUCGUUGGCAUCUCCCCUACCUUCUUUCCUCGAAUCCAUGGCUUCUUUUUGUCUAUAUAAACAUACACAUAUCUCAUCUUCUAUUCCACGAUUAACUUUGCCUAUACUAUAUAGUACUCUGAAAGAAAAAUAACUCAUGGGUUUGAAAUCUGGAAACUUUGUUGUUGAAUUCGAGGAUCAUUUCCCAUCCAUGGUGGAAAAGUUGGGUGCCGAAGGAUUUAUGAACGAACUAUACAAAGGGUUUGAGUUAUUGGAGGACAGAGACACGAAAGGGUUCAUAACAUUUGAUAGCUUGAAGAGGAACGCAUCUUCGCUGGGGUUGCAGAAGAUGAACGACAAUGAAUUGAGAUAUAUGGUAAGAGAAGGUGAUGUUGAUGGAGAUGGGAAGUUGAGUGAGAUGGAGUUCUAUGUUCUUAUGUUUAGAUUGAGCCCUGGGUUAAUGGAAGGGUCACUUAGAUGGUUAGAAAUUGCUGUUUUAAAUGAACUUUAAUGUAGUUUUACUCUUAAAAAUUUUAAUAUAUUCUUAUAUAUAACAUGGUGCUAAUAAUUUA